AUGACUCCCCCAGCUCGUGGCCGAGUUGACAAUGUGCUCCAAUAUGCCUCCGAUGUCCCUUCAAUGCAACAACGGCAGCCGCCGCCAACCUCGAGAGCACGCCGAAUUGCAUCUGGUGGGCUGAUGGGCAAUGCCAGUGGAUCCGCGGGAUCCCAUGCUAGUACUGCUGGUACCAUAGGUCGUUUGGCAGCGCAACCGCGUCUCCCGCCACGAACGACUAAGGUCAGCGAGAAGCUGGUCCUUUUACCCGAUGCCGGCGGUGUCGGCGAGGAAGACAGCCCGGAGGACGAAGACGACGACGUGCAGGAUGACUCGGAGCUUGUGGAUGAAGAGCUUGUUGACCGGCUUGCAAGGGAGAGGAAACUGGAUCCGGAGACCGUGAGACGACAAUUGCUGUCGCAGAAGCGACUUGGCGGGGAUUUCGGCGUUGACAAUGAUAUGGCGCCUUUGAUGGCCGAGGAGGAAAUUUUGAGAAAACGACGAAUUGCACCCGAGAGAGCAAAGAGUUAUGCAGAGCGUCUUCCUAAAGCUCGUCGUGCAGAGAAACUUGCCCGCGUCACAGCCUACUGCACUGCUCAGGCUUACAAAAUGGGCUCUGUCGCGUCUUUCGUAAAAGAGUGGCACGGCGCUCGGACGAAAUUGUACGACGACUGUCUAUACACGGCCUAUCAUCUUCCUCUUCUCCCAGGUCAUGAAGGCUAUCGUUUGCGAAGUAGCCCCGUCGUGAAAUUUCCUGGUGGAAGGUCCCUGCUCGACGAGGAAAUUGAACGGAAUGAACUUCGCGAUCACCACGAUGAUUACAUUGGCGAGAUUGAGGAUCAUUCAGUUGGGGGUCACAAUCGUCUCGACGAUGGGCAUCACCCAGAGGGAUCUCCUCGCGACUCUGAUGAUCACAGUUCCCGAGAGGAUCACUCGGACCGAUUCAUGCCACACAUCUCCGAAGAGGAGAACCAUAAUCGUGAACCGGACACCUCCACUGAUUCAAAUAGAGAAUUGGAUUCACUCCAGGAUGGUUCUCAGCUAGCAUCCGAUGACACUCAAAAUGCCGAUCUUCCUCCUCGUCGUCGGCGUCAUAGCACUGAUGACAGUCACACUUUGGUGCGUGACCUUGCCUCACCACCGGUCUCGCAACCCACGCCGAAGCCACCCGCGCCUGCACGAACCCUUUACAACGUUGCGGAAAUGUUCGUAUUCAGCUAUGGUGUUGUAGUGUUCUGGAACUUCACCGAGCGACAAGAAAAAGAUCUGCUGGCAGAUUUAGCAUUCGCAACCUCUUCUGCGACUGGGACACCCAUCCCACUUGCUACCAUGCCCCUUCAUGAAGAGGAUUUUGAAACCGAAGAGUUCCACUUCGAGUAUUCGACUGAGAUCUCACGCCCUCGCGUGUAUAAUGAUAUGAUUACACUCCGCAGUGGCGAUCAUAUGAUUAAGCUAGCCAUCAGUCAUGGUAUUUCUCAGAGCACAAAGCUCUGCUUUUUUGAGGAGGUAAUGGCCCGUCAAAUGGCGGAUGCAAAGGAUGUCCCUCGCCGUCUCGCCAUGACCGGCAAACUGGGCAUGAAGCGUGAAGAGGUAUUCCGAAUUCUGGGUCGUCUCUUCAAAAGCCGAGUGGAGGUCAAUCUAUCAUCGAAUAUGCUCGACGUACCCAACUUUUUCUGGGAGAGUGAACCGACUCUUUGUCCCCUCUAUAUCGCUGUGCGGGAGUACCUGGAAAUUAAACCACGUAUCCAAGUGCUUAACGAACGCUGCAAAGUUUUCCUUGAUCUUGCAGAGAUUCUUUCCGACUCAAUAGCCGACAACCGAACUUCUCAUCAAACAUGGAUUAUCAUUGUGCUAAUUGUUAUAUCCAUUCUCGUGACCCUAUGCGAGGUAUUCCUUCGCUUUGGUCUGCUUCAUGCACGCGAAAACGCAGCUUCCAGUCCUACUGCUAUCCUCGCCCGUGCCCUGGGGCGAUCUGUUCCCUCUCCGCCCUCGGGAUGGAUGUCUACCCCUAGUGUUCCACCAGGCUGUAUCUGUCCGUCGCUCCUUCCUGGAGGAGCUGCUGCAGGCAUGGGUGGCAGUACCUUUUGA